UUGGAAAAUGCAUUGUAUAUUCUCUCUCCUACUCCAGGAGAUGUUGAAGAAAUAGCCUGCACUCAGAAUGGCCAGAUGUACCUGAACAGGGAUAUUUGGAAGCCCUCACCGUGCCAAAUCUGUGUCUGUGACAAUGGAGCUAUUCUUUGUGAUGAAAUUCAGUGUCAAGAUGUGCUGGAGUGUGAAAACCCGCAGGUGCCCCCAGGAGAGUGCUGCCCUGUGUGUCCCCAUACAACACGCGAUUUUGACACCACCAUCGGUAGAGGAAGAAAGGGACAAAAAGGAGAACCUGGAAUAGUGCCACCUGUUUCAGGAAUACGAGGUCGCCCGGGACCAGCCGGACCUCCAGGCUCACAAGGACCACGAGGAGAACGAGGACCAAAGGGAAGACCUACAGAAAAUAAGCUUGAGCAUCCUCAGAACCCUUGUAUAGUUUGCUUCAAUAUGGAUUCAUGCUCGACUGUAAUUGCAGGAGCAAUUAAAGUAGUUCAAGAGUGCUCUACCAGGAUCCACACCUCCCCUUAUUCCGUAGCAGGCGGGACCUGCGCGGCUCCUGACGAGCAGCAGCAGCAGCAGCCGCGGCCGGACGGGGCGGGUCCUCGUGGUCCUCAAGGGAUUGAUGGUGAACCUGGUAUCCCUGGCCAGCCUGGUGACCCUGGUCCUCCAGGGCAUCCUACCCAUCCAGGACCAGAUGGACUAAGCAGGCCAUUUUCAGCUCAGAUGGCAGGACUGGAUGAGAAAUCUGGACUCGGUAGUCAGAUGGGACUGAUGCCUGGUGCAGUGGGUCCAGUGGGUCCAAGAGGUCCUCAAGGUCUCCAAGGAAAACAAGGUGGUGCUGGCCCCACAGGCCCACCUGGUGAACCUGGGGAUCCAGGACCUAUGGGUCCAGUUGGUUCUCGUGGACCAGAGGGACCUCCAGGCAAGCCUGGUGAAGAUGGUGAGCCUGGCAGACCAGGACAGUCCGGUGAGCCUGGAUUUCCAGGAUCUCCAGGGCCUCGAGGCUUUCCUGGUGCUCCUGGUCUCCCAGGUCUCAAGGGUCACAGGGGUUUGAAAGGACUCGACGGUCCAAAAGGUGAAAUUGGAGCAGCUGGAGCAAAGGGAGAAGCUGGACCAACAGGUGCCAUGGGUGCGAUGGGUCCUCUGGGACCUAGAGGAAUGCCAGGAGAAAGAGGUCGAAUUGGGCCACAGGGUGCCCCUGGUGGCCGUGGCCAGCAUGGUAUGCCUGGGAAGCCAGGACCAAUGGGCCCACUUGGCAUAACUGGUUCUCCAGGUUUUCCAGGUGCUCCUGGUGUAAAGGGGGAAGCAGGUCCAACGGGUCCUCGUGGUCCUGAAGGCCCUCAAGGACAGAGAGGUGAAACAGGUCCACAAGGCCCAGCUGGAUCACAAGGUCUUCCUGGUAGCGAAGGGACGGAUGGUUCCCCCGGUGCUAAGGGCCCAACUGGAUCUCCAGGCACUGGAGGCCCCAUUGGCUUAUCAGGUCCACCUGGGUCCCCAGGACCACAAGGCAGUACUGGCCCACCUGGUAUUCGAGGCCAGCCGGGAGACCCUGGUGUCCCAGGUUUCAAGGGAGAAGCAGGACCCAAAGGUGAACCUGGCCCACAAGGUCCCCAGGGUCCCAUUGGCCCUGUAGGUGAAGAAGGGAAAAGAGGUCCUAGAGGUGAUCCAGGGUCAGUAGGUCCACCAGGUCCUGUUGGAGAGAGGGGUGCGCCUGGUAAUCGUGGUUUUCCAGGUUCUGAUGGCUUGCCUGGACCAAAGGGUGCCCAAGGGGAGCGUGGUCCAGCAGGUUCUUUUGGUCCUAAAGGAAGUCAGGGAGAUCCUGGGCGUCCUGGUGAAUCUGGUCUCCCAGGUGCAAGGGGUUUGACAGGAAAUCCAGGUGUCCAAGGCCCUGAAGGAAAACUUGGCCCCUUGGGUGCUCCUGGAGAAGAUGGACGCCCAGGCCCAGCAGGUUCAAUAGGAAUCAGAGGUCAGCCAGGCAGCAUGGGCCUUCCUGGGCCAAAGGGCAGUAGUGGUGAUCCUGGAAAACCUGGAGAAGCAGGCAAUGCGGGUGUCCCAGGACAGAGAGGAGCCCCUGGUAAAGAUGGUGAAGUUGGUCCUUCCGGUCCUGUUGGCCCACCAGGUCUGGCAGGAGAAAGAGGAGAACAAGGCCCUCCAGGUCCUACAGGGUUUCAGGGCUUGCCAGGGCCACCAGGUCCUCCAGGUGAAGGUGGAAAGCCAGGUGAUCAGGGUGUGCCUGGAGAUCCUGGAGCUGUUGGCCCACUGGGCCCUAGAGGAGAACGUGGCAAUCCAGGGGAAAGGGGAGAACCAGGUGCAUCAGGAAUCCAGGGUGAAAAGGGUAUGGCUGGAGGUCACGGUCCUGAUGGUCCAAAGGGAAGCCCAGGUCCUAGUGGGACACCUGGUGAUCCAGGCCCACCAGGUCUUCAAGGUAUGCCUGGAGAAAGAGGGAUUGCUGGAACGCCUGGCCCCAAGGGUGAUAGAGGUGGCAUAGGUGAGAAAGGUGCUGAAGGUACAGCUGGCAAUGACGGGGCGAGA